AUGGCAGAUGAGAGAGAAGAACGCAAACGCGAAUGGUCUCAGCUUGCCGCUGAACGAGAUGCCUUCGAGCGAUACAAGGAGAAGGAGCGCGCUGCCAUUGAACGCGAAAAGCAGACGCUGGAAGAGGAGCGGGCCGAAACGUCUCGUUUGAAAACCCAAUAUGUCGCUGGUAUCGCCGCCUACUUCAUGAAGAAGGCCGAGAUCGAAGGUGGUCUCAUUCCUGAUCCUAGAGCAACCGACAACUCUUCGAUAGGCCAUUCAGCAGACCACCCGGCAAACUCACAUGCAGACAAUAAGUGA